CUUCCGUUGUACGGCAUAGUUAGCUAGUAGUAAAUGGCGGUUGUGAAAACAGGGUGGACAGUAAACAUUACCACGGUUAUAACUGUAACUGUCUCAUUAUCAUCAAAAACAUGUACUCGAGUGUGUCGGAAACACGGGAUAGUUACAAAAUGUCUAUUUUCAACUUUCAGAUCGGUUCAUGUGUCGCGCUGACAGGAAAGUCACUGAAAAAGAGCCGAAAACGACGCAAACGGUAAGUGCAGCUAUGAAGACGGAGCUAACGCUAGGUUAGCACAGUUAGGGUCAUCAGGUAGUUAGUUAACGUUAACAGUUUAUGUGCUUGCUUAGCAGUAGUAUGGUGCUGAACAAUAUAUAGGUAGUACACCGUACUGUCUAUUGUAUCUUUGGGGAAAAAAAUUAACUAGCAACUUCCAGAAACAGAAAUGCUAGACGAGCUAGCGCUAGCUUCAACUGUAGCUAAUGUUCGGAGGCAGCUUUCCUUAAACGUUACAAGUUACAAAGUCGAUUGUUAACGUCUUUUAGUUGAACUAAUGGAGAACGAAAAUGGAGAAAAGGACACGGAGUCUGAAGAGACUGAGCUCCGUCUCAAAGUGGAGUCGUUGAAGCGGGAGCUCCACGACUGCAGAGCCGAGCUGACCAAGUUACAGAAACAACUGAACCAGUCCGACAGACUGCAGAGGAGCACCGAGAGCUACAACGAGGACCUGAGGAAACAGGUUGACCAGCUGAGCGCAGAGAUCCAUGAGCGGAAGAUGAAAAAUAAAGACAGAGUCGACAGUGAAACUCAGACUGAAGAAUAUGUAUGGACUGAAACAGAUUAUUACAACUACUACUAUGGAGGCCACUCUCAGAACCCGGAGGCUUCAGACACUAAGGACGGCCUGAACAACACAGUAGCAGCCGAGGAUGAAGCUCAUGGCAGCGAGGCAACAGAGGUUUCCACACCAACUGAAGCAGUUAAUGCUAAUGCUAACCCUGACGACAGUGUUGCAGUCACAACAGAGGAGGGUAAUGGAGGAUCCAUAGCCGAUAUGUUGAGGGCUACUGCUGAAGAGGCUAUGACACAAACUGGCUUUGUCUUUGAUGAGACUACUGGGAUGUACUAUGACCACAGCACAAGCUUCUACUACGACUCGGCCAGUCAGUUGUACUAUGAUGCCAACACGGGCAUUUACUACUGCUUUGAUGCAGAGAGUGGACGAUACCAGUUUCAUUCCAGGAUUGAGGUGCCUGCUGUACAAACCGCUGCAGAGCCAUGCCAAGACAAGAGCGCUGGUGAAAAGAAGAGUCGAAAGCUCAAGAAAGGGUCCAAGAAAACAUCCCACCAGGAUGAUAAGGAACUCACAUUUGAUGAGGUAAAGUUGGAAGAUGAAGAAACCGAGUGGGUUGAAAGGCAAUCAACUAAGAGGACCACAAAACUGAAACGAAAGUCUCGCAGUCCAGACGUGGCUCCACGAAGAAAACACUCUUCCAAACGCAGAGCGGAGAGCGACAAAACUUCAUCAAAGAGGAAGAAGCAGAAAAGGGAUUCACACGACGAUGAUAAGGAUAGAUCAAGGAGGAAGAGGAAGAAGGCCAAGUCAAAAAAAACGAAGAAGAAAAAGAGUCCGGCUCGGAGCGACGGCUCGGAGGGGAACAGUGAACCGGAAGAGGGUGAGAUCACAGAGUCGGAGAGAGAGGAGUGGGAGACCACUCCCUCAGUCUCAUCGUCUUCUAGCUCCAGCUCCAAGGAAAGCCCAGAGUCAGAGAUGGAGACUCAGAGUCAAGUAAAAGACAUCUGGCCGCCCUGUGUACGAGUGACGGUGGUCAGAUCCCCAGUGAUGCAGGUGGGCACUCUCUUCAUCAUCACAGCCGACUCUCCAGCCACCAUUGGCAGAGAGAAGGAUAUGGACCAUGCAGUCCGAAUACCAGAAAUGGGAGUCAGCAAGUUCCACGCAGAGGUGUACUUUGACCAAGAGCAGCAGAGCUACAUGCUGGUGGACCAGGGAAGCCAAAAUGGAACCGUCAUUAACGGCAACAGGAUCUUGCAGCCCAAAACCAAAUGUGAGCCACAUGCACUGAUGCACGGCGAUGAGGUGAAGAUGGGAGAGACGGUGCUGUCUUUCCAUAUCCACUCGGGGACAGAUACAUGUGAUGGCUGUGAGCCCGGUCAGGUGAUGGCUCACCUCAGCAAGCACAGGAGAGAGGAGGCUACAGGUCCUGCUCUCACCAAAGAGGAUAAAGAAGCACUGAGACAAAAGGAGCUGAAGCAGAUGAAGGCAAAAUACGGCCUGCAGAGUAGUGAGUAUGAGGAGGCCAAAGCUCUGAGGAACCCCAGAUACCAGGAUCGAGCAGAGUCUCGGCGGCAGACGGUGGGCAGCGAGGGUGUUUUUCAACGAGACGAUGCACCCGCUUCUGUUCAUCGGGAGAUCAGCGAAGUCAAUAAAGGACGGAAGAUGCUGGAGAAGAUGGGCUGGAAGAAAGGAGAGGGUCUGGGUAAAGAGGGAACUGGAAUGAAAGACCCGAUUCAAUUGAAAAUGAGAAAGUCCCAGUCAGGUUUGGGGGCGGGUGGUGCUGUGUCGCUAGACUGCGCCUCUGUGACCAAAUCUAAGUCCCAGAAGAACUGGGAGAAAGCACGCGAGAGAUUUGCUGACUCGUGCCAGCCUGACAUGCUGUCACCUAAAACUCAGAAGAACAAGUCACCCAAAGUCUGGGUCAAAGAAGAAGAGACUGAGACGACAGACGCACAAGCAAGUGUUGAUACAAACAACCAAAGUUUGGAAUAACUGAUGUGUAUCUCUCUACUGCCCGAACUAUUUUCUACAUGAGAAAGCAUCGCUGAAGACCCCAGCAACCAAUCAAAUCUGAGCUGGUUUCCUCGUAUGUCACCAUCAUUAGUCUGUCAGUUUGUACAACACUGACAACCGGUUGUCCACUGCUUCAUUUGUAAAUGUUGCCAUCUGUGGUUGUAGAAUGUUUUUUUUUUUCUUCGUAAGUGAACUGUGUGGAAUGUUUACAGUCGACGAGCAGUGUUUGUCUGACGGUCCAGUGUGUCUGUAGUCCGACCUACAGAGGGCAGAGCUGCUGCUACACCUCCCACAUCAAGGAGGACACGGAUCGCCUCGAGCAAAUAUUGACACAGUGGAGCUAUAUUUGUCACAAUCAGAUCAUGAUUAAACAACUGGAUCUGUAACUGAUCAUGUUAACUGCUUGGUGUCAAGUGUCCCAACAAAUCAAAAAGAAGUGCUGCACAUAAACAUGUGAACAUGCUCA